UCGGGUCGGAGCGCGGGGUGUGACCCGCGCGGGCCGCCGUAGUCAGCUGCUGCGGCAGGAAGUGUCCCGGCGCGGCGGAGGCUGCACUAUGGCUCCGGACCCCUGGUUCUCCACAUAUGAUUCUACUUGUCAAAUUGCACAAGAGAUUGCUGAGAAAAUUCAACAAAGAAACCAGUAUGAAAGAAAUGGUGAAAGUACAACCAAGCUUACCGUGACAAUCAGAGCUUUGUUGCAGAAUCUGAAGGAAAAGAUCGCCCUUUUGAAGGACUUAUUGCUAAGAGCUGUGUCAACACAUCAGAUAACACAGCUUGAAGGGGACCGAAGACAGAACCUACUGGAUGAUCUUGUAACUCGAGAGAGACUGCUUCUGGCAUCCUUUAAGAACGAGGGUGCAGAGCCCGAUCUCAUCAGGUCCAGCCUGAUGACGGGAGGGGCGAAGCGAGGCGUACCCAACCCUUGGCUCUUUGAGGAGCCGGAGGAGACCAGUGGCUUGGGUUUUGAUGAAAUCCGGCAACAGCAGCAGAAAAUCAUCCAAGAACAGGAUGCAGGCCUCGAUGCCCUUUCUUCUAUCAUAAGUCGCCAAAAACAAAUGGGGCAGGAGAUUGGGAAUGAACUGGAGGAACAAAAUGUGUUUGCUGUCGACUCAAGCUGCCUGCCGGACCUUCUGAGGAACGGGAGGUUACCCUCCACGACGUCUGAGAGUGACCUGAUAUUUAGCCAGCACAUCUGCUCGCAAGCUCUGGCCCGUGUGAGGAGGCUGUGCCGAAUUAAUUAACUCUGCUUGGUACUCGCAACGAUUUUCUCCACAUCUUGUUUUACCAGUAUAAAAUAUAUAAAACUAUUGGAAUGUCUUUAGUUUUCCUUGAGAACUUAAACAACAAAAAAAGUAGUUUAAAAAUAAGAGUCCAUAAUGCAGUGUUUCCUGUUUGAAGCAAAUGUUAAGUUAAAGCAUUAAAAUUUGAUUUCAAUAUUUGUCUCUAACUUAAAA